GAAGAAUGUCCCUUACAUUGGGGGGUCAGUGGGAAGAAUGUUCCCUUUACAUUGGGGGUCAGUGGGAAGAAUGUCCCUUACAUUGGGGGUUCAGUGGGAAGAUUGUCCCUUACAUUGGUGAUCAGUGAGAAGAAUGUCCCUUACAUUGGGGGUCAGUGGGAAGAAUGUCCCUUACAUUGGGGGUCAGUGGGAAGAAUGUCCCUUACAUUGGUGAUCAGUGGGAAGAAUGUCCCUUACAUUGGUGAUCAGUGGGAAGAAUGUCCCUUACAUUGGGGGGGUCAGUGGGAAGAAUGUCCCUUACAUUGGAGGUCAGUGGGAAGAAUGUCCCUUACAUUGGGGGUCAGUGGGAAGAAUGUCCCUUACAUUGGGGGGUCAGUGGGAAGAAUGUCCCUUACAUUGGGGGGUCAGUGGGAAGAAUGUCCCUUACAUUGGGGGUCAGUGGGAAGAAUGUCCCUUACAUUGGGGGUCAGUGGGAAGAAUGUCCCUUACAUUGGUGAUCAGUGGGAA